UUCUGUCUACCUCAAGCCGGGGGAACAUAUAAAGCUGCUACGCUGUUAGCAACUAUAAGGUACCGGAAUUAGCCAACUGUGUACGCUCCUCUCAAUCUUUUGUCUCCUAUCUUGCAUUUUACCUUCCUUCGCCCUUACGAUCUCUACCAACUCCUCACCUUCUUUACCUCCUCACUUAUAGUGCACGAGGCGCCAGCCUCUAGAGUCAAUAUGCACUUGCCUUGGCUCACUGCGGCCCUUGUGGGCGUUGGCCUUUUGGCUGAAAGAGCCUCGGCGAGGUCGCGGACCGGGCUCAGACUUCCCUCCAGCCCUACCUACAGCAGUUCUGAAAUCUGCCCAGAGCGUUGCAGUGUCUCCGGUCCCAAUAUUGGAAAUUGGUCGGUUUAUCCCGACUUCAAGCAGAUGCAGAAAUGCAAGCAGACCAUGUUCUACCGCUUUUCUCUCUAUGACCCCGUUGACGACAAGGCGGCUAACCACCGCAUCCAUGCCUGUUCGUCAUAUGGCCCUGAUUUCUCUAAGCUACCUGCAUCAACCGCUCGCGUUCCAUCAUCAGAGUCGAUCGACGUUGACUUUGAAAUUGGGUGGUGGCAAGAGGGAUUUGGCCAAGCCACCGCCGGCCUUCGCUCUCUGAUCAAACAGAUGCGCAAGUAUAUUGAGCACGGGCAUGGCGAGACAGACGGACCCUUCAUCAUGUUUGGUCAGUCUGGUCAAGCCACAGUCGGACUCUACAUUGGCCAAGGUCUGCUGAACCAAGGCAUCGGCGAGUCGGCCCUUAAGAAUCUCCACGACAUCUUGCCUACUCUUAACGUGUCGACACCAAGCCUGGCCAUGCAACUUUGCGAGCCAGGCUACGACAGUACUCACAUCUUUGGAUUGAUGCUGUUGAGUAACGGCUCCUUUAGCCCAAUUCAAGACGCACUCAAGACGUGGGAUAAUGCUACCUGCCUUUCCUUCGAGGAUUCCAUCAGCGUUAGCGGCCUAGUCAAAUUUACCACGCCUCUUCUGCCCUCGAACGGCACGAUUCCCACAAACGGCACUACCAACUCGACAAUAGCCAAGCGUGUCCACGGCACCACUCACAGCCGACUUCAUGCUCGCGCAGAAUGCAGAACCGUACAGGUUGAAUCCGGCGACAGCUGCGCGGCGCUGGCAACAAAGUGCGGCAUCACGGCCGCUGAGUUCACCAAGAUCAACUCGGCAUCAGAUUUCUGUGCUACUCUGAGGCCGAAGCAGCACGUCUGCUGCUCCACAGGCGAUAUGCCCGACUUCAGCCCGGACAAGAACUCGGACGGCUCAUGCUACUCGUACCAGGUGAAGGCGAACGACAAUUGCGACGAUCUCGCCGCUGAACAGAAGCUCGAAGAUUUUAAUAAGAAGACGUGGGGCUGGAACGGCUGCCAGCUGCUCUUCACGGAUACUAUCAUCGACGGGACGCCGCCGUUUCCCGCCGAGAUUGCCAACGCAAACUGCGGUCCUCAAAAACCUGGCACGACGCCGCCGACCGAUGGUUCGGAUAUUGCUAAGCUCAAUCCCUGCCCUUUGAACGCCUGCUGUAACAUCUGGGGCCAGUGCGGUAUCACCAAGGACUUCUGCAUCGAUACCAACACGGGAGCCCCUGGAACUGCUGAGCCGGGCACCUAUGGCUGCAUUUCCAACUGCGGGACCGACGUGGUCAAAGGCGAUGGCACAGGCAGUAUCAGGAUCGGCUACUUCGAAGGCUACGGCCUGGGACGCGAGUGUCUUUUCCAGGAUGCUAUGCAGAUCGACUCGUCAGCGUAUACACACAUCCAUUUUGCCUUUGGCACUUUGACAGCCGACUUCGAGUUCGCGCAGUUCAAGCGCAUCAAUGGACCCAAGAAGAUCUUGUCCUUUGGCGGCUGGGACUUUUCGACCUUCCCUGACACCUACUGGAUCUUCCGUGAGGCCGUUACCCCGGCUAACCGCCUCAAAGUUGCGACAAACAUUGCCAACUACAUCAAGAAACACAACCUCGACGGUGUCGACAUCGACUGGGAAUACCCUGGUGCGCCUGAUCUUCCCGGCAUCCCACCCGCCAGCGAAGAUGAUGGCCCCAAUUACCUGGCCUUCCUUAACCUACUACCCGGCAAGACCGUCUCCAUCGCAGCGCCCUCGUCGUACUGGUACCUGAAGCAGUACCCCAUCAAUGCCAUCGGCAAGGUCAUUGACUAUAUCGUUUACAUGACGUAUGAUCUUCACGGACAAUGGGAUGCCAACAAUGCAAACUCACAGGAAGGCCAGACCAAGCAGUCCCUGGCCAUGAUCACCAAGGCCGGCGUGUCGGGCAAGAAGAUCGUCGUCGGCGUUACCAGCUACGGACGAUCCUUCAAAAUGGCGGAUCCGAGCUGUUGGGGCCCAGACUGCCUGUACACCGGCGACCGACUCAACUCGGAGGCGGCCAAGGGCGUCUGCACGGGAACGGCGGGCUACAUCGCCGACGCCGAGAUUGCCGAGAUCAUGAGCGACAAGCGCCGUGCCGGCCGUGUGGUGACGAGCUUCCUCGAUGCCAGCAGUAACAGCGACGUGCUCGUCUACGACGACGGCGAGUAUGUCGCCUACAUGAGCGCCAGCACCAAGAAGACGCGCGCGGCGCUCUACACUGCCUGGGGUAUGGGAGGCACCACAGACUGGGCGACAGACUUGCAGAAAUACCACGACGUGCCCGCACCCGCGAAAGACUGGGCGCAGUUCAAGCAGCUCGCCAUCAGCGGGCAGGAUCCCAAGUCGGAUUAUACCCGUAAUGGCAAUUGGACCGCUUACGACUGCAUGAACAUUUACGCAGUGGACCAGCUUCACCGUGAUGUUGAUGAGCUCUGGCAGGGUCUCAACGCGGACGCGGCGUGGGAAGACGUUGUGAGAAUCUGGAAAGAGACGGAUCAACCCUAUGGCGAUACCAAGUUCCUCGCUUCUGUGCAUGCGACACUCAUGAUUGAGGCCGGCGCGGACAACUGCGGGAGCGUCCUGGGAGACAUCUGUAGUACCGACGGAUGCUCCAAGAGCAUGGACGGGAAGUAUUCGGGGCCGGCGGCGCAGCUGAUUUGGAACUCGAUCGUCACAAUCCGGAAUAUUCACGCCACAUACUAUGACGCUCUGUACAAGGCCGCUACAGGCCUCGUCGCCGCGCUCAAGGAUAUGGAGAACACUUUUGCGCCGAUUCCUCCCGAGGAGGACAAUACCUGGCUUCUCCUCCUCAUCGAUCUCGUCACUCUGGGAACACUUUCUGCUGCAGGACCCUUCUUCAACACGUUCCUCAAGUCUCUGCCGAAGUUCGUCAAGUCCCUAGACAACCUCAAGGACACCAGCAUGACUCUGAUUGGCCAAAGCACAACCAUUGCCAAAGACCUGCUGCCAGACGCGGACGAAUCAGACUGGAAACCCGAAGACCAGGACAAGUUUUCCAACUACAUGGGCCAAGUCAUUGACGGCUGGGCUGCAGUCACCUCCCUCGCCCUCGAGAAAAUAUUUGACGGCUCCUCCGAGUCGGUCAGCCUCAUCGGCAAGGCCAUCGCUAACGGUAAUCUGUAUCCCAAAUCUGUCAAGCCGACCGUGGACGCCACUACGCUGUUAUCAAACAUCCAAAAAUCCUAUUUCGCCUAUGCCAUCCCCGCCCUCUGGCAUGCCUCGAGCGCGUGGGCGUUCGUGAUUGACUCGGGCUACGGCUGCGAUGCGUCGAACCCGCUGGAUGACUACCUCUCGGACGAGACCAUGAAGGCCACGGGCGCCUGCUAUGACGGAAAGCUAUACUACCUCGCCAGUCCAGACGGCGACGCCUACGAAUGCUCCGAGGGCGGGUGCGUUGACCAGAAGUUUUCGGCGCCCAAGGGUGUCGGCAAGCUAGGCGACAGCUUUGGCGACGUCACGAAGGAAGAUCUGAUCAAGGGCGCGGUGCGGACAUAUCUGGCCAAUGGCGGCAAAAACGGCGGCGGCUUCGCCAACGUAGAUGACGAGGGCGUGCAGGAGGACCUGCUGGAGGUGGACGUCACGACGCCGGGCUUCAUCCGCAUCCCCGUCUGCAGCGCCGAGCGCGCGUUCCAGAGAUGGGAGUCAGCGACGAGGGACGAGACAAAGGGCUCCACGGAGAACUACCCGUGCGAUGUGCCGCCGGGCAAGGACUACUGCGGCUUGUCGUCGUUUGAGGACCAGACGAGCGGCGCGUCGCCGAGCGCGAGCGAUUGUCGGCAGAUUAUCAAGAACAUUGAGGGCGACGGGGGCACCGACUGGACGACUCAGGUCGUGGGGAAGAACCAGCGCGAGAUCGCCAAGUUUGGCGGGUGUUCUUUUGGUGUCGAGGCGACCAAGGUUGAUGGGAACGUCGAGUUCUAUGUCGGUGGCCAGGAUGUGAUUGAUAUCAUCAACACUGCGAUUGGAAAGUUUGAGAAUAGUGACGGAAAGGUGGGAGCCAAGGGAGAGAUGGACUGUAACGGGAACAGUCACCAACAGGCGGUGAAAUGGGGCAUUUACUAA